AUCAUCAGUAGCUGUUUCGAAGUCACUCAAAGAACUACCUCAGCCAAAAAUGUACAAAUUCACGAUUCUAUUCCUUGUUUUGGCUUGCUUCAUAAUGGCCGAAGCCCAACUCACUUUCACAUCCAGCUGGGGUGGAAAGAGGGCUGCCAUCGCCGGCACUGUGUCCUGCAGGAACGAUGAAUCCUUGGCGUCUAUUUAUAAACUUAUUCAGAAUGAAGCUGAAAAACUCCUGCUAUGCCAGAAGCCUUAAGCCGACACCACCGAAACAGAAACACCGACAAAAUGCCUUUUAAUCAUUAUAUUAUAUUCUCAUAAUCACUGAAAUGUAUCCAUAAAGUGUUCUACGCUACAUUUACCUAAUAAUAAAACAGUUUAAAAA